AUACACCUGUCUGGCAGGUACGCUCCUCUGCGGACGACACGGAGACUCUGAGUCACGGUAUCAGGCUAUGGACGGGAUUUUACCAAGGCUUUGACGCAACAAGUGGGGGAACUACUUUUUGCUUUUCUUUCUUUUUUUUUUUUUCUUUUCUUUGAACGCAUCCAGCCACUGGAGCUGUUUUUCCUGAGGAAAAUGCUCAGACCCGCCGUGAGAGCGCUCUCCCUGCUGCUGUGCUGGCUCGCCUGUUUCGCUCCCUCUCCAGUUUCCUGUAUCUCAGUGACUACUCCGCCGGAGCUCCAUGCGUCUCGAGGGGAAGCGGUCACGUUGUCGUGCACGUUUACUUCUAUAAGUCGACCGACCAGUAAAAUGACUGUUGACUGGUCCUACAGGCCCCAAACUGGAGGUCCACCACAGACAUUUUUCCACUUCUCCUCGAAGGCUUUCCCCCCACCCGAUGGUCAGUUUGUUGAUCGUAUCCGGUGGCAGGGUACCCCGGCGAGUGGGGAUGCCUCCAUCGUCUUGACCAACGCCUCCCUCAGCGACAACGGGACGUAUACGUGCUCAGUCAGAAACCCUCCGGAUGUCCACGGCUCCCCAAACUCACACACCGUGCUGACGGUCACACCGAAAUCGCCCAGCAUUCGUUUCUCCGACACUGCCGUCCUCCUCUUUUUCAUCCUGCUCCCCUCCGCCAUCAUCACCCUCAUUCUGAUUGGACGGAUACUCUGUCCCAAGAAGCAGCCGAACCAAUCCAAGGCCUACAGAUCACCCAUAGAGGUCACCGAGGGGGAGGAGUACGGCUAUCACCCGCCUGCAGCCAAAGCAAAGAGGGAAACCUGCUGUGACCUAUAUCUGAUGGAUUCGGACGAUGAGUCUCAGUACUACACGCUAAAGAAGAGGCCUCCCUCAGAUGACGGCUAUGCGGAGUCUCAGUGCUAGAGAGCCCUGGUGGUGAAGAGUUGUAACUGCAACCUGUGGACCUCAUGAUUAGAGGCAUCAAGUGGAUUUAUGUCUUCUUCUCCACAGCUCACCACUCACCCGGUCACUCUAGGGAGGAAGUUUACUUUUUGCGGUGACCCUUCUAGACAAUUGCACCGUUGCGUUUAACACGUUAAAACAUGCAAAUGAUUUAUAUUUUUGGCCCACAAGUUGCUUCACACAACAGCGCAGAUAAAUUGAGCACUACAGUGAGCCGAGUGAAAAGAAUUCCUGAAGUUUUGGUGUUGCUAAGUUAUUUCCCACUUUAUUUAGUCAGUGCAGUAGCGACUACAAAAUGACCCCGAACGUAGGAACACCAAGAGCGCACUAUGUAUGUUUUUAUAUCUCGAUGAUUUACAUGUGUCACUUUUUCAUUUUGAAGGAUAUAGAUAGCGUUUUGUCUAAUUUAUUGCCUGUGUCCGAAUAGCUGUUUGACAAAUCUUUGUUGAGCUGUAGUGAAACAUUUCUGUUUUUCCCUUUUUGAGUAGUUUUGACUACUGAUAUUUAUAGAUGAAACUGUCUGUACAGUAUAUUUGAUAUCUUUCCAGUCCUCUUUAUUUCGCCGUGUCACGUGAGCAGUGAGUAUCUUUCUAUAUGCUCAAUAUUUUUGGAAUUUCUGGUUUUGGCUGUGAUCUUUCCUGGAUUCAGAGAUGCUUGUGGAUGCUCUGCUUGCUGUAGUGGAUGAUUUUUUAUUUUUAUUUUUAACUUUUUUAAAAUAAAUUCUUCAUGAGUUCCAUAUCAGA